AGGAACCUCAUCACCAUGUCAUUGCGAUCCCCAUUGAGUUUUUAACGCCACUGGAGUAAGUACUUUGAUGCUUCGGCAAGCUGAUCUCGAAAUGUUUGUCUUUUUGCCUAGGCAAGAUAAAAUCUUUAGAUUCGCCCCCGUCGCUGCUGAAGCGGUGGCGGAGCACUUGAAGUUCUGGAAAUACAUUCGUUCAUGUUCGUAGUACAUAGCCGAAACUUCUUUGACGAGUGUGCUGAGUGACACCGAUAUAACCCAAACAUGUCGGGCGAUCUGUCGCCCUUGGCCUUCGGGCGGCAGUUCAGUAUCGAAGAGGAUUUGCAGUACUUGCCGCAGAAGUACCGAAGCAGUGCAAAGCGGUUUUCCGCGAUUCGCGAGUCCGCAGCGGAAACCGCGCCGCCGCGCGGCAGCUCGACAAACAGCGCUGCCGACCCCGACCGGAACGCCGGCGCCGAGAUCCGCACCUUCUGCGCGACCUUCCGCCGCAAGGAGUCGCACACGACGGUGAAGAAGCGAAUUCUGUACUUUUUCCUCUUGCUCUCCGCGGUCGCGAACUACGAUAUUUUUUCGGGGCUGUUCGGCAUAGUAGGAAAAAUUUGCACCGUCAUCGUGCAGGGGUAUUUCGCCGUCUUGCUGUGGCCCGGCCGGGUGGGCCAGUGGGACAGCCUCGAGCGGAUGCAGAUGCGGUCGAUUCUCGUUUUCAUCCUCGCGGUCUUCAAUAUGGCCUUUUCCUUCAACGUGUGGUGCCUGCUCUACGCGGAUGAGAGGUAUAACAAAGAAAAAGUUUUCAAAUGCAGACUGCUCGUGUCAUGUGUAUGGGGGCCUACGCUAUAGUACAAAACCCUUCAUCGCAAAAUGAAAAGCAAAUACUAAAUAAUCGCGAUUUUCUUCAGGCUCUUCGGCUCCGAAUAUGGGAGCACUGUCGUGAGUCCCGUCCGCAUGCUGUACAUUGCGUAUGUCACCUGGUUAUCAAAUGUAAAAAUGUCUGGGUCUGGAAGAUUCUGAGACUUGUCAUGCAUGUUUUGCCUGGGCCAUGAUGUCUGUGAUGCAUGCCCUAGCGUCACAGAUUUUUUGAGGGCUUCGCGAUGCCUAUUCCGCAUGACAAAUGCCCUCUCCGCGUAGCAAAAAUUGCACUAUCUUUGCUGCUCAUGCAAUACAGAUUUUUUUGGAGUCCAAAUUUAGCAUCACAAGUUGCAUUCUUCCAGACCCAGACAUUUUUACAUUUGAUACUGGUAUCUGCUUUUCGAUUCUGGCGCGUCCAAGGGGAAAUACGAGACUAGUAAGGAGGAGAAAAUGCAAGAAUUAGUCCUCCACGCGGAUGACGAAAAGUUGAGCAGCCGGACGUCAAACUCCCCGGACGAUGAUGUGGACGAUGAUGUGGACCCGGAGGACCGGGAUGAAUACACGGUCAUUGCCAGGAGUCCACAAUCUUCAGGUAGUGGUGGUCGCACUGGUGAACAAAACGAAGGGGUGGAACAACCAAAUGGUAACGAUAAUGAAAGCGACAGUGUGGUGGAUGAAUUCGAAGACGCGACGACCGCGAAGAUGAGCCCAGGGUCGACGUGUGAGAGGUCUUCAUCUUAUGAGGAGACGAAUAAAACGAGCUGCACAAAAACUUCGAUGGAUCCGUCUUUGUCGACCGUUUCCAUGUCAACGGCCGCGUCCACCCCGGUUAGUACCACACCGGCGUUGACAUUGAGACAAACAGCCGCAGGUGGAGGCGCAACAAGGCCUGAUGAAAAGGUCACAUCUUCUACCGUCGCCGAGCGGCUGCAAAUAAUAACGGAAAGGACUGGUAGUACGACCCCAGGAGCAGCAGCAGCUACGGAUAACGACUCGGAGAACUACAGCAAGAAAACACCUGUGACCAAGACAGCGAUGCUAUCCAGUCUCGGAUCUUCGAUGUGGAGCAAGCAGGACUCGAUCUUCGCCGAUUUGGGAAUCAAAAAGAGGGAAAAUAUUUUCGUCGACACGGUGAAGACCGCUCUCGGUUUGUUCACCGUCAUCGGAAAGUCGUUACUCACUAUGUUCUUCUGCCCGAGGAGGUACGAUCGGUUUUGCCCCUCCAUGCGGCGUAGGAGAAUCUACCGCCACGCUGCCAUGUAUUUUCCCGUGAAGUUGACCCGCACACGAAAACUGGAUCCGGAAAAGCGGUACGUCUUCGGCUACCACCCGCACGGGGUCUUGUCCAUCGGGGCGUUACUGAACUUCUCGACGAACGCCACUGGUUUUGACGCGCUCUUCCCGGGGAUCGAUGUCCGAUUGCUGACCAUGCAGAUCCAGUUUAAGAUCCCCUUCUGGCGGGAUUUCCUGCUCGCGCUAGGCGUGCAGGAUGUCAGUGCUGAGUCCAUCUGCAACAAUCUGCAGCGCGGGAAGUCGAUAGCACUAGUUCCCGGAGGCGCAAAGGAGUCGCUGGAGAGCGGCGUUGGGACGAAUGUUCUGGUAUUUGGGAUUUUUUUUCAGGUCGUUUGUUUCGUUAAAAAGUUCGAAAAUGUGUAGCACAAAGUUCGACGUGUAAGUACUGCGGGUAGAAAAUGCGAGGCAUAAUUUACAACGACUUUUUUUGCUCGCAUCAUAGUUUGCCCGCCCACCAGGACGGAGCACUGCAAACGCAUCCCAAAAAAUCCAGAUUCUCGGGCAGCGUAAGGGCUUCGUGAAGUACGCGAUGAAGAACGGCGCCAGUCUCGUGCCCGUUUACAGUUUACCAAAUGCAAAAAUGUCUGGGUCUGGAAACUUGUGAUGCAAGGAAGGGAAUAGUGAGCUCACUGCAAGGAGCUGCCAAGCAUGACAGGCUUUUUUCAUGGUUCUGAGUUGCGAAUUCCGCAUGAGAAAGUGCGUUUUUGCAUAACAGGGAGCAUGAGCUAUUCGCGGCCACGCAAUACAGAGCUCAGAGUCAUGCCAGACUAGCAUCACAAAUCCCGGAAUCUCCCAGACCCAGACAUAUUUGCAUUUGAUACAGUUUCGGCGAGACCGACCUGUUCGGGAGCAUCCAGCUCACGGGCACGGCGAAGAAGAUCCAGGACAAGCUGCAGAAAAUCAUGGGUUUUGCUCUACCCCUAGUCGUCGGCCGCGCUCUUUCCGGCGGGUUGCUGCACCGCGUGUUCGGCUUGAACGUGGGGAUUUUCCCGUUCCGCACCCCCAUCCGGUCGGUGGUCGGCAACCCAAUCGAUUGUCCGUUGGUCGAGAACCCGACGCAGGAGGAAGUGGAUCGGUACCACGAUCUGUACGUGCAGGAGCUGAAAAGGAUCUACGAGGAUUGGCGCCCGGUGUACGAAGAGGAAAAGAAGGAUCGCUUGGAAAACCUGGAAACGAACGAGAACCGGGCGCGAUUGAUGUCGCGGCACACCAAAAUGAGAAAAUUAAAAGCCAAGGCUGAGACCAUGGAGAUCAGGUAGCGAUAAUUGUGGUAUUGGGAAAAGUGUCUCUCGUAGUUGCAUUUCUACUUGUGCACUGGAACCGUGUGCCUAGUAAGAACCAGUUCUCGACCGAAAAAGUAAGUAAAAAAAUACAAAUGAAUUUAGUGUUGUUCCAACUUCGAGUUUUUAAUUAAUCGACUACCCUCUUUUGCGAAUUUUCCACAAUGAACUACAUUCUGCAUCACGAGCCUCUUCAAAUUAAUGUACCAUUUUGCCACUAGUUUCUUUCUACCCAAACUUCUGUACACAUUUUUUGUGACCCUUCAUCGCACUACGAUGAUCCCAUCCACGCCCAUUAACAAGCGAGCAUACGAAUUUUCCGUCGUGGCGCAAGGUUUGCCGUUCCAGGAGCAACGCGGGGUGACGUGGUUUCUCCGUUGGAGAGGCUCUUUUGUGUACGAUCGAUUCAGUAAGUACGUUCAGAUAAAAUCACAAUCACCACGCGCAAGUCUAUAGAAGCAAACGCAAAAAUAUCGAUACCUAUGCCAAGGGUCUCUAGUAAGAACGCAUGAUAUCAGCAUCUCGCUUCGAAUAUGUCUUUUUAAGCGGUCUUUUGGUUUCAAACCGCCUCAAAAUUGGGAGAUUAGUAAAAAAUGCCAU